CUUGCUUUGCGCGCGCGCAAACUUUGGAGCAUCCGGUGCGUACGCUUACCCGCCCGCCUCCAGAGUCGCGCCACGCCUUCAAAACGCUGCCAUCGAGCCCUCACCGAGUUGUGCGCCCGCGGCGCGCCGUAGUCACCGCGCAAUCCCGCAGGCGCGUCAAGCCGCCAGACAGCCUGCAUUUGAAUUCGGGCCGCCCCCCAACAGCAAGCAUGGCCGACAAGAUCGAAAUUGUACGAUUAGACGCCGAGGGCAACGUCAAGGAGACGCUCCACGACGACUUCCCGGCGGGCUGGUCCGCGGCGCGGACCGAGUUCGGCAAGCUGAGACACGGCGAGCACGGCACGGCCGCGGCCGCCGAGGGCGGCUGCUUGGAGCUGCGCGUCGGCGGCGUGUCCAAGAUGUCGACGAAGGCCGUCGAGAAGGAGCGCAAGAAGCGGCCCUCGACGAAGGAGGCCGGCGGAGAGAAGCCGAAGAAAAAACCCGCCGCCAAGAAGACGGAGGACGCGCCGGCCGAAGAUGAUGGCGAGCCGAAGAUGAAGAAGCAGACCGGCUACAUGUACCACAACGCCCAGAACCGCGACAGCGCCAAGGCCGAGAUCGAGGCCGAGAACCCCGACAUGCCGGCCAAGGAGAAGAACCAGGCCAUCAUGAAGAAGCUCGCGGACAUGUGGGGCAAGUUGGAUGACGCGGCCAAGCAGAAGUGGAAGGACGACGCGCCCAUGGUCGCGGUCAAGCCGAAGAAGGCGAAGAAGGAGAAAAAGGAGCCUUCGGAGAAGCGCCAGUCGACGGGCGGCAAGGUCACGGACAAGAAGGCCCUCGAGGAGCGCAUGGCCGCCGACGGCUGGACGAAGGAGGAGAAGAAGCGCGAAGGGUCGGACCACGUCGACAAGUACUGGCUCGAUCCGAAGGGCGGCAAGAAGUGCCGGAGCAUCGUCGAGGUCGCGCGCAAGGCCUACCCCGAGUUCCUGUCCGAGGCGGCGAAGGCCGCGCCGACGAAGAAGAAGCCCGCGGCGCAGAAGAAGAAGAAGCCCGAGCCGCAGGCCGGGGCCUUGGACGACUACUACCUCGGGUCGAAGAAGAAGGACGCGGACGCGGAGAUGGAGGAGGCGCCCGCGGCCGAGGAGCCCGCCGCGGAGGACGCGAUGGACGAGGACGCGCCGGCCGAGGAGGAGGCGGAGCCCAUGGAGACGGACGCGCCGGCGGCGAGCCACGCCGAGCGCGCGCUCGAGGCCGAGAAGGAGGACGCGGCGAAGCGCGCCGCGGCGCUCGCGGAGGACAAGGCCAAGGCCGACGAGCCCCAGAUCGAGGACGACGGCGGCGCGGCGGCGGCGGCCGCGACGGCGGACCACCGCGCGGCCGAGGCGGCCUGGGACGCGAAGGAGCGCGAGUCCGACGACCCGCGGGCGCGCGAGGCCUGGGCCUACCGCGCCAAGGCCAAGCCAAUGGUCGACGCCGUGUCCGUGAACGAGACGCCGGCGGACUCGAGCGAGGCGGACGCGAAGCAGGCCGAGCUCGUGCGCAAGACGUGGGCCGUCGCGCACCCGCCCCUCGACGGCACGAAGGCCGGCGAGACGAUCGUGCGCACGGAGGCGGACGUCGCCGACGAGAACGUCGAGGCUUAGGAGUCUCCCCCGGUCUUAAGCAUAGACUACUCUA